AUGUCGUCGGGUACAAUACUAUGUACUGUACAUAUUGCGAAAUUUAACCAAAGCAUAAAUGUAAUAGUUAAAAUAACACAACCUUAUUUAUUUUUUUAUUUAUUAACGACAAUAUGUUAUAACAAUCAUUGUCAUCAUAUUUAUAUAAUAGUGUUAAUAACAUUACUAAAUAAUAAUAUUAAUAAUAGGCAAUUUCUGAUAGAAACAGACAGUCGCUGGCAACAAGACAAUGAGACAGAAGACAAAUUAAAGACACAAUCGACCACAACUAAAACAAUUCGAGCUGGAAAGAUUGAAAAUAUGGAAUGGGACAAGAACGUUUUGAUGGAGGAAGUGAGUGGUUAUGGGGUUGAUGUAGUUAAUUGGUCAGAAUUGGCACGAAAGUAUCAAUUUUGGAAUAAGAUUCGGGAAUUGGGGAAGAAUGAUGGUCAAAUAGUUCAGGGUUUCCUCAAGUCCCAUGAUGGCGGGCGAAUCAGGAAGAGGAUGAAACGAAGUGCCGUAGGUGAGACCACUGUACCAUGCGCAGUGAAUAACAGGGAAUGGAACAACAAGUUAAACAAGAAAAUACUGUCUGGGGAGUACAAUAUUGGGGAGCUUAUUCUACCUCAACAAGUAAGUUCAUCAAUUCCAUUUCUAAUGAUGUACAGUAGGUUAUAUAGCCUGCGUGGCAGGCCCUCAAUUUUAUGGGGGGCCUGAUUUGCAGCGGGCAGGAUUUUGGCGGGCUCCGGGGGGAGGAUUAAGGGCCUGCUGGAAAGCCCACCUUUCACGACUACACGCCCCAGUCAUAACAUAAUUAAUGGUUUCUAAAAUUGACCAAUAAAAAUUCAGCUGCAAUUAGGGAAAACCCUGGCCCGAAAGAAAUAAUAUUCGCUUGCACGUAAACAUGUCAAUCAAACAAUAUUGCGAAUUAAACUCCCGACGAUUUAAUACAGUAUUGCAGAUUUUGUAAAUGUUGUUUUAAAUUAAACAGCAAUUCGGCAAUUUUAGUAAAAUUGUCCAUGUUUCAUCACAAAAACCAUCACAAAGAAAACAAUCUUUCGGAAUUGUGCUUUCAGAUUAUAUGUGAGAAAGUUGGCUUCAAAAAAAAUUCUAAAAGUGCAUGAGCUUGUAACGGAAUUAAAAUCUUCAGUUAAUACACUACACGAGAAGUUUCAACACCAUUACCAGCCCAAAGAUGUAGAAACGUCAGGACAGCGUAAACUGUUAACUCCUGACCCGCUGACCGUGGCGCUAGUCCAUUCAACCAAACUGAAUCAAAUCGCGUUUGUUCGGCGGGUAGUAUGUCUAGAACUGAAUCGAAAUCUGCGCGUAAAAAAUGCUUGUUCAGCAGUGAUACAAAAGAUGAUCUCACUGGCCAGUCAUUAAGAAAUAGCACAGGUACUGCAGACAACGUGGAUGUAAAUACUGAUUCUGACGAUGUACUAAGUAAGCUCAACAUCCACGGUUUGAAAACGUGUGAAGGGCGUUCGUCACUUAAAUCAUUAAAAGUGCUUUUAGGUCAUCCGAAUGGGAAUAUUGUGACGCGGAAACCCUACAAACGAAAAGACAGUCCAAUAAUUAGAAAAUUAAUCUUGUUGUUUGUGGCUGGACCACCCAGACACGAACGCCCUUCACACGUUUUCAAACCGUCGAUGUUGAGCUUACUUUUAUAUAGUACAUCAUCAGAAUCAGUAUUGACAUCCAUGCACGUUAAUUGUUUGCAGUAUCUUGUGCUAUUUCCUGACGACUGGCCAGUGAGAUCAUCUUUUGUAUCGCUGCUGAACAAGAAAAAAUAGCCACGAUGUUCAACAGUUCAAGAUUAGAAAGCUGUUAAGAUUAGAAAGUUGAUAAGUAUCAAGAUUAGAAAGUUGAUAAGCAACAAUAUUGAAAACAAGAAAUACUACGGUUUUUCACUGUCUUGGUAUUGACCAAUCAGGUGAUCGUAUUCACCGUCCAGAAUCUGAACGGCGUGUAGUCGUGAAAGGUGGGCUUUCCUGCAGGCCCUCAAUCCUCCCCCGGAGCCCGCCAAAAUCCUGCCCGCUGCAAAUCAGGCCCCCCAUAAAAUCGAGGGCCUGCCACACAGGCUAUAGGUUAUAAAAUCUGCUAAUUAAAUAUUACGCAGUAGGAAAACUGUUGUGCUACAGUAACUGGUUUAGCUGUUUGGGACAAUGCUUGAUUAUAUACUUCGAUAGUAAAGCCACAAUCAAAUGAAUAAUCCAUUGAAGGUCAAUAUAAUGUUUUAAGGCCCGUUUACACUACGCUCAAUUUUUGGUACGGCACGGAUAAAAUUGGUACCCGUACCACUUUUUUGGUUCAUGGACUACCUAUAUUUUGAGCCCCGUUUACACUACACUCGAUUUUUGGUACCGUACCACUUUUUUGGUUCUUGGCAAAAAAGUGGUACGGGUACCAAUUUUAUCCGUGCCGUAUCAAAAAUUGAGCGUAGUGUAAACGGGGCUUUAGAUAGCUAUCUAAUUCCACACAUUUUGUUCACCCAAUGGUAAUGAUCUGGCCUUCAUACAGUACCCCGUUGUGUUAGCCAGCAGUUCAUUAUAGACUUAGUCUAAUGCUUAAUAAAGUAGGGCAUACUCGUGCUUAAUGUGUUCAUUUAAUAGCUGUUACAAUAUUAUUUUAGUUUAAGACAUAGAAUAUAUAAAAAAUAUAUGUACAGUACGGUAUUUUAAUUAACUGCUUACCUGUUUCGCGUAUUGAUGUGCAGGCUACUGUGUAGUCCUGUACCAAUGUAAUUUAUUUUUAAUAUUCUAGUAUGAAAAGGCUGUACUUGAAUAA